AUGGAUUCCUCCGCCGAUGGCCGCACCAAGGCCUAUAAGUUUGUCGCCUAUGCGGCCGUCUCGUUCUCCAUUGUUGCUGUUAUGUCGGUGGUUUUAACAUUGCCAAUGGUUUACAAUUAUGUUUCCCAUGUUAGGCAGCAGAUGAAGCAUGAGCUUAGUUUCUGCAAAGGAUCCGCAAAGGAUAUUUUCGCUGAAGUCAACUUCAUGAAGACUCAUUCUGGACCAGCAGCCCCAGGCAAUCGCACCGCACGUCAAUCUGGAUAUGGAACACCGGAAGUCAACGCCGCUCCGAACCUUCAAUGCGAGGGAUGCUGCUUACCAGGACCACCAGGACCAGCCGGAGCUCCAGGAAAGCCAGGAAAGCCAGGACGCCCAGGAUCGCCAGGAGCUCCAGGAGUACCUGGAAAGCCGCCAACCGCGCCAUGCGAGCCAACCACUCCACCACCAUGCAAACCAUGCCCACAGGGACCACCUGGACCACACGGACCACCAGGAGCUCCAGGAGAUCCAGGAGAGGCUGGAACUCCAGGACGCCCAGGAACUGACGCGAUGCCAGGACUUCCAGGACCACGUGGGCCACCAGGACCAGCUGGAGAACCAGGACAACCAGGACCACAGGGAGACCCAGGAACUCCAGCGCAGUCGGAGCCGCUCGUCCCAGGAGCUCCAGGAGAGCCAGGAGAUGCCGGACCGGCUGGACCACCAGGACCACCAGGAGCUCCAGGAAACGACGGACCACCAGGACCACCGGGACCAAAGGGAGCUCCAGGACCAGACGGACCGCCAGGAACCGACGGACAAGCUGGACCACCAGGACCACCAGGACCAGCCGGAACUCCAGGAGAGAAGGGAAUCUGUCCAAAAUACUGCGCCUUGGACGGAGGAGUCUUUUUCGAAGACGGAACUCGCCGCUAA